AUGAUUCUCUUGAAUUUCAUAUCCUCCGAAAUCGAUACCUCGCGGUUCGUCGCUGUUACAGCUGUACUUGCGAUAGGAUACUUCCUGGCGAAUGCAAUAUACCAAUUGUAUUUCUCUCCGCUUUCUAAAGUACCAGGGCCAUGGUAUGCGGCAAUAUCUCCAAUCUUCUUCAUAAUCGUAUCUCUAAAGGGGAACGCGGUUUAUACUUGGGAACUAUUACAUGUGAAGUACGGCAAGAUUCUGAAGCCGACAUGUAUAUUUCAUACGAAAGGGCCUUACUUACGUGUCUCCCCGACUUCCGUUAUGGUUGCCGACCGCGAACCCGCCUUGAAAGUACACUCUCCGAACGACGUAUUUCCAAAAGGUCCAUGGUACACCAAUGCGAUGGCAUCUGAGUCUAUACUUACCAUCAGGGAUCACCAAAAAUAUAAAACUCGACGAAAAGCGUUUGGUUCUGGAUUUUCCAAAUCAAAUAUGGCACUCCUAGAGCCGGUAGUACGCAAAAAAGCUGAGCUCUGCUUCAAAAAAAUCGGCAAGCAUUUUGAUAAUGGCGAUAUUGUGGAUGUCAAACCAUGGUUGUAUUGGAUGGCUGCGGAUAUUGUUGGGGAGUUAUGCUUCGGGAAAGAUUUUGGGAUGCUUGAAAACGAAGCUGAAAACCUGCUUGUUAGGGACUGCCUCAACUUUACCCUCGUAGCUGGGAUUCAGGCCCAGGCACCCUUUACUAAAUACAUUAUCUGGCUCUUGUCCGAAGCGCUUGCAGACCUCCAACACGAAGUUCAAAACUGCAAGGACGGGAAUCCACGUCCAAGCCUGUUUUCACAUCUCCUAAAAGAUGUCGAUAAUCCUAAUGCAAAAUAUAAAGUGAAUAUAACAGAGCUGAGGAAUGAGUCGACACUGUUCAUCCUGGCUGGGACAGAUACUACAGCAACGGUGGCAACCUUUCUCGCAUGGGAUCUGUUCAGAAAUGCUGAUAUCCGACAGAAAGUAAUCGUUGAGCUAAAGGAAAUUGGGUGGACCCAAGGCGACAAUGAUGAUGGGAUUACAGAUGAAAAGCUUCAAACUCUACCCUACCUUGGAUAUUUGUUACGGGAAGCACUUCGGCUUUACACCCCGGCACAUACUGGAUUCCCCCGCGUGGUUCCCGAGAACGGACGAUACCUCGGUCCACAUUUCCUUCCUGCGGGAACUGAAUGCCUCCUUCCGGUGUAUACCUUGCACAGAGAUCCAAACAUCUUCGAUGAACCAUUCGCGUUUAAACCAGAGAGAUGGCUCAAUCCUAGUAGAGAAAUGGAAUCCGUCAUAAUGGCUUUCGGUGGAGCCUCUAGAGUUUGCACGGGUCAGCAUUUAGCAAUGAUGGAGCUUCGCCUUUCUGUUGCCAUGAUGCUCAAGUAUUGGGGCAAUGCAGAACUUGCGGACUCGUGCACAGACGAGAGUAUGGAAAUUGUGGAGAGAUUUCUCAUUCAUCCUAAAGGCAACAAACUUGAAAUACAGAAUAAAAAAAUCACAUUAGAGAAUUAA